AUGUCUAUGAUAAAACUACACUAUCUCAAAUCACACUCAGCCGUGUGUGGAUGUGCUUUGAGCCCAAAGCCUGAAAACACAAACACACCUCCCACUUCGGGCAAGGGCGCAUAUUUGCCUUCUGCGAUGAAAUCGCUCGAGACGCAGUCGCGGGGAGUGGCCGAGAAUUCCCAACAUGGUUACAUGUGCGUUCUUCCCCAUCCAGGUAAAGGCGCAGGUCUACCCGAAAUCGAGACGCAGGUCGCGGGGCAUGUCUUCACAAGUCCAUCCAUUGGGAAUUUCCUAAAGAAACAAACAAAAUACUGA